AUGAUUGAAUAUGAAGAAUUGAUUUUGUUCAAACUGUUUGUAGAUUGCAUAGGCGACAUGAUUCUGCAGUGCUGCAAUGAAAUGGUGUUGCCACUACCGGACUUUGAUUCGGACGGGAGAGAAGCAAAUAGCAUGGAAUCCUCGCCAAAAUACUCUAUUGAUGACGAUAUAGUAUCAGCUAGGCAUGUGCACCAAAACUACUCAAGUCUACUUCGUAGUGCCACGGUCAGAGAGACUCGUGCACCAGUACAACCACCGCCACAAUUGAAUAGACUGAUGAGCAAAAUACUCGUUUCAACUCCACACGAUAGCCCCAUAUCUACAAGAUCGUCAACCACAAUGAAAAGCGAAGUCUCAACUAUGUUUAGUGGACACGGAGAUGACGGAUUGGAGAGAGUCAAAACCCAAACGACCUUUAUGACAGAUGCAACAUCGAUUAUCGAAAAUACAUUUACCAAAAAUGGUGCUUGGAAUGACAACAAUACAAAAUAUAAUGAAGUUGGGAAUAGAGAAAAUUACAACCAUAACAACAAUAAUGGCACACAAGUGGUGGAUAGCAAAGCAUACCACCAAAACUAUAACGAAGAAUACCAAGGUGGAAGCGAUGACGACUGCUUUGAUUAUUUAAAUCUGUUUACCAACCAAAUGGAUGACGAAGACGAAUCGAAAAAGAAAAAGAAAAAACUGAGUUGGUGGCUGAAAAAAAGCAGAAGAAGACUGUAA